AUGUCCACUAGUACUGGUUCUUCUAAUCCCGAAACUCUUGCAGACUAUGUUGCAUCCCAGGAUGUCCUCGUUAAGGAGGCUGCAGAAGCCCUUCCUCACCAAUUCUCCCAGUGCACAUAUCCCCUCGGUCAUCUAAGACAGGCCGUAUAUCUCUGCCUCACAUGUCCCGAAGCCCGUGGAAUAUGUUCUGCCUGCUCAAUAGCAUGUCACACUGACCACGAACAAAUUGAAUUAUUUCCCAAACGGAAUUUUCGAUGUGAUUGCCCCACUGAAUCCAUCGCACACGCAUGUUCAUUGCAUGCAACCCUCGAACGAUCCAACGAAUCAAAUGAGUAUGGUCAGAAUUUCCAGGCCCUUUUUUGCCGAUGUAAAAGGCCCUAUGAUGCGGCCACUGAGAAAGAGACCAUGAUACAAUGUUUGGCUUGUGAGGAUUGGUUCCACGAGUCUUGUUGUAAUCUCCGUGAACGCCCCAAUUCCGAAUAUCUUCCUCCGGAAAAUCAGGAUCAGAAUCCCAAUGGAGACGCAGCGUCUGAUGCAUCGAAUGAGCUCCCUCCAGCUUUAAUCGGUCCGGGUGACUAUGAUGCAUUUGUUUGCGGCAAUUGUGUGCUGCAGAUGCCUCUCCUGCAAAAAUAUGCCGGUACCCAUGGUUGUCUAAUAGUAACUCGGGAUAAGCCAAGUUGUCCUUGGAAAGUUUUUCAGGAUCUGUACGCAGACCUUACCGAUUCACAGGAAGUUUCAGAGUCCAGUACACGCGCAGCUGGACAAAAACGAGCUCUUUCGCCUACAGCUAUUGUCAGUGACAACACCGUGAAAAGGCCUCGCCUUUCGCCCGUCUCAACACCCUACACCGUUGAAUGUUCCGCUCCGACUUCAAACUCAAUCAUACAAAAGAUUUUUGUGGAUCUGGCGUCCAUGACGGAUCCCUCUUUUGCUCUGAGCACAGGUGAUAUAUUCCUAUCUGAGAGCUUCCGUGAACGCUGGUGCCAAUGUCCUUCUUGCCUUUUGGAACUAGAAGCACACCCUUAUCUUUCAAAAGAGGAAGAAACGUAUGAACCACCAGAAGAUCCCGAUUCAGCUUUGACAUUGGAAGAGCUCGGCAUGCGUGCACUUUCAAGAUUACCGCGCGAGCGCGCAAUAGAUGGGAUUCAAGCAUUCAAUGCCAUGAGAGAUGACCUCGUCCAGUAUCUACGCCCUUUUGCACAGGAAGGUAAAGUAGUCAAUGAGGCAGACGUAAGGAAUUUUUUCGAUAGAUUGUCGGAAGAGAAGAGGGCUUCCAGGCAAUAUCAGCUUGAUUGA